UGACAAUAUACUAUUGUUUAUACCAUUUUCUUAGAUAGUCGUAACGAUGUUCAAAAAUUUCGAUUUAAAAAUUAAAAAUUAAAUCGCUUAUUGAUUUAUACGUUAUGUGAUAAAACCGAUGUUAUUGUGGUAUAAAUUAAUUAUAUUAUAUUCGUGAAGAAUUAUUCUAUACAUAGAGUCGUCGCAUCAUUAUUCAGUAAGUUUCAUUGCAUUUGGUCAUUUGGGUUGGUAUAUAUUAUAUUAAAUUAAAUUUUUGUAUUGGUUAGACUCUUUAAAUAUUCGCUAUUUCGGAACGUGAUGAUUGGUAAUUCCGUCAAACCAAAUUAUACUAUUUUUAUUAUAAAUAUUUCUUAUUUUUUACACACAUACCUAUUAUUUUGAUAAGAAAAUAAUUUUAAAAUAAUACCUAAUCAAAAUUUAACAUUUUAAAAUAAAAAAAAUUUUAGUUUAUUAAAACAAUUGUAUACAAUUUACUUCAGGUGCAAAUAAAUUGGAAAGAUAUUAGGAAUUUAAAGUUAUAUUUAAGUUAUAGGUACCUACUUACCAUAACAAUUUUGAAAUGGUAUUUUAAUAUUUAAUACUAGAAAUUCACUUGUUUAUACACUUAUUUAAAAAAAAAAAAGUUAAACAUAAUAUACAUUAAUUUAUAAAAGUUAAUUGCAUUGCUUUAGAACAAACAUAUAAUGGUUUUGAACCGCAGAAGUUUGGAGAAGUUAAAAAAAAUUGCUGCUCCCGGUCGGGGAAGAAUCAUAACACAAGAAGAACAAAUGCGUGUAUUUGUACGCAUUAAACCAUUACCAGAUGAAGAGGAUUUGUCUAAACCGUAAGUUUUUUUUUGUUAUUAUGUUAGAAUAACUUGAUCAGCCAUAACAGAAAGUAUUAGUAGCUAAUAAAAUAAAUUAUAAUAUUCGUAAACCUUUCUUUAUUUCAAGAUUAACUAAUUUUUAACAAAAUAAGUUCUUAAUUAAUAAUAGUAGGUAAAUCUUUGUAUUUGAAUGAACUUUAAUAUACCUAGUUAACGAAUAAUUAAUGUAUAGGUAUGUUAAUAGUUACAAAUUGUUAAUAAUUGUAUAGGUAAUAAUGAAUUUUACAUAAUGAAAAUCAAAUUUAAUUAUUUAUAAGUAUUUUAACACAAAUCUAUAUUUAACACAGAAAAAAAUUAUAUUUAUUUUUUAACACAACAAAAUUAUGUUUCAAUCUUUCCUAAGUUUUUAACAAUUUUAUUUAGAUCACCUAUAUCCUUAAUUGAUAUUUGUCCUGAUCCUCGUGGUAAUGGUUUGGGUUGUGAUGGAUCUGGUUUCCAUCCUAUCAUGUAUAAUAUUUGAAAUGUGGCUGGAAUACCUUUAAUAUCACUGUUUUUGUCCUGGCAACCAUAUAGUUUAUCGUAUAAAGUUGCUGCAGAAAACAUAGUAUCUUUGUUGAGGCGUAAGGGUCGCUGUAAAACAGCAUUAUUUUCACCCAUUCCUUUUAGGUCCCACAUUAGUUCAAACAUAGAUGGAAAACGUAUUAUUAUUUCAUCUGUAUCUAAAGUAAGCAUUGAAAAUCCUGCACUUUGCAUUAGUGCUCCUACAUCUCUAAGGCGAACAAAAGGAGAUAUUCUUGGUGCAACACCUCCAUCGCGUUCAAUACCUGCUAAUUGUAAUGAUGAUCGCAAUUCAUAUAAAGUAUCGCCUGCAAACAUUGCUCCCAAAAAUACACCAUCAUUUUUUAAACAAUUUUUAAUUUGUAGGAAAGUUGAAGGUAAAUUAUUUACCCAAUGGAGAUUUAAACAACUAAUUAGUAAAUCAAUACUAUUGUUUUCAAAUGGUAAUUUCUCAGGAUCAACUAUUAUUUUACUAACCUUAACUUCAGGUUCAGGAUUUUGGGAUUUAUCCAAAAUCUCUUGACUUGUGUCACACAUUAUUAACUCUUUAACAUUGUCUAUAGAAAUGUGUUUAGAAACAUGACCAUAUCCACAGCCUAGAUCAACAACUCUAUUAAAUUGGCGUUUAAUAUCAAAAAGUCGAUCUGAUAAACGAUAUCCAAUUUCAUCUUUAAUGUAAUCAUAAACUGAACUAUCUUCUGCUAUUGCUGCUCGUUGUUUUUGAAGAACUUUAGCCUUUUGAUCAAAUACAGUCAUUGGUGUUGGUUGAUUUGAAUAUUUCAAUGUAGCUAAUUUUCUUGUACAUAAUUUAAGUCUUUCAUUUGCAAUUAAUUUUCUUAAUAUGCCCAUUUCACACUGUAGGUACUAUUUAACAAACCAUGACAUAAGAUGAUUAAUUUAAUUUUAAAUCUCUUUGGUAGUUAAUUUUUGAUAAUAUUAUUAAAUUAGUAAUUGAAGAACAAACAAUACCUAAAUAUUAUUUGUUUUGUUAUGUUUUUAGCACUACCUAAUUUUAUAAAUUUCUAAACAUUACAUUACUUGAUAAUCUGCAUACUACCAUCUGUUACGAUUAUAAAAAAACUUAUCCUAAUUACUUAUUUAUUACAUGUCUGAAUAGAUUGAUAAUAUACAGUGAUGCCAAAUUUGAUAAUAAUAAAUUUAAUUUUCAUUAUUACCACAGGGGCAGUUAGGUCUGUCUAUAACAAUGGAUGAAAUAAAAUUUACCGUGUAUUAUCGCAGUGUCUAUAGGCUAUAAUAUUUGGAUGCCCGGUCGUUUUACUCGCAAUAAUACACUCUAAAGAGUAUAGAUUACUAAUACUCUUAACGUUUAAUACCUGUUACACGCGAUCAGUUUUAACUGACUGUUGUUUUGUUAAAAACUGGCAGUUCUCUUAUUAACAGUUGAAAUCUAAUCUAAGACAGUGGUUAAAACUUAUUGAAAUAUGGUUUUACAUAUUUUUAAAAUGAAAUGACGGAACUAUUCAGUUACAACUGUGUAAACUGAACGUGUGUAGGUAAUUAUCGUCAGUUGUGUCGCAGUUAUCUCUAUAUUCGUACCCGUAUACCUGUACUUGGUAUUUCUUUAUAUCCGUGAAUUUCUCAUUUUUAAUGAUUGGAGUUUAGAGAGAAUAGAUUGAAAUAUUUUUCUUCACUCAUUCUGAGAUAUUUGUGCCAAUCCUUAGGAAUAUUUUUUAGUUAACUUGAUUAUUGUACACGUGAAUAAACAUUAUUUUUUCUCAACCACUCUUUAUGUUUAUUUUGGUUUUUUUGAAACUAUUAGUAGGCGAAGUACGGCUAAAGCAUUGUCAAAUGACGUCUCGUGUGUACACAUUACAUUAGAUGUACUAGUCACAAAAACAAUAAUAUCUAUCUUCAGUAAAAAAUGAACAAGCGUGGACUCAAAGAACGUCAGUUUUAACUGAUUGUGUGUAGCCUUCAUAACAUUAUCAGUGAUACUUAUCUAUCAAUACUAAUUUUAUUUUUACUAAUUAUUUUUCAUUAUUUCCAGUCGGAAUUCAUAAAUCUGAAUACAAUGCGGCCUGUAGAAUAUUGUUGCUUAUCAUUGAAAAAAAAUAUUCAUGAAAAUAUUGAAUUGACAAUGAGAUUACUAUUUUUGGGAAGUAAUUUGCAUCAGUUAAAAGUAAAAAUGGCCCACCUCUUCCCGCUAAAUGAGUAAUAAAUUGCCUAUCUAUAACCUAACCCUUCCCUACUCUUCCGAACUAAACUUAAAACUGUUAUAAUUCAUAAAUAGUAAAUCUGAUAAAUGGUGUUAUGCAUAUCAAAAUUUCUAGAAAAAUAUUGUCCAUUCAAAUCUAUGUUCGAAAGGGGGGUUUUUAUAUUAAAAUCAAAAUUAUGUACUUUUUAAGUUAUAUGAAGUAAGUAGAGGAAAAAACAGAAAAUUGUUAAGUAUAAAUUAUUUGUAUAUUUUUAUAUUAACGACUGAUCCCUUAAUAAAUAUAGCAACAGGUAUUUUAUUAUUAUCUUGUCUUGUAAAUGUUGGUGUUGAUAAUGUGAUUUGAAUGAGAAUAAAGAAACAUAUCUAAUAUGAAAUAUGCAUUUAAGUAAUAAAAACAAACUGCUGUCCCACACAAAUGAUACUACUCUCACUCUACUCUAACUUAAAAGUAAUUCAUCAACAAAUUAACAGAAAUCAAACUCUUCAAUACUAAAAUUUAUUUUGAGCUAAUAUUCCAUAUAUUUAUGGAAUCUUUAAUACUGGUUCUCAUUUGAAUAUCAAAAGGUGGUACUCAUUUAACCCCCAAAAUUGAAGGUAGAUAAAAACAAAAAUGUUACUACCUUUCAAAAUAUCACAUUUGGUAUAUAUUUGUGGAGCAUUGUGUAUGGUAUAAUAGAAUUCUGAUAAAUUAAACUAUUUUCGAGAAUAUAUUAUAUUAUAUAUAAUUAAAAAAUUAAUUUAAAUAUUAUAUAAUUUUUUUAAAAUUUGUUUACAGUAAAACAAUAAGAAUCAGAAACGAAAAUGCAUUAAUAUUUGAUCCAAAGCUAGAUGAUACACCAUUUUUUUUUCAUGGUGUAAAGCAAAAUCCUAGAGACAUUUCAAAAAGACAACACAAAUCAAUAAAAUAUGAUUUUCAUCGUGUUUUUGGACCACAAAGCAUAAAUGAAGAUAUAUACAAUGAAAGCACAAAAGAUUUACUUGAUAAACUUUUGUGUGGAUAUAACUGUUCUGGUAUAUAUUAAAAGAGGUUUUUAGUUAAUAUAGGGUAUAUUGUUUAUACUGUAAUUAUGAACUAUAUUUUCUUUAUCAAAUCCUCAUUUACUUAUUAAAUACAAAAUUUAAUAUUCAAAUAUUUUAUCACACUACUACUAUUUAACCAUUUAAAUAAACUUCACUGUUUGUGUGUGACAUACAAUCAAAUAUAUGACAUGUAGCAAUUUAAAAUUUUAAGCUUAUGACAGUGGGUAUAAAUCUCUAAGAUGUAUUUUUAAUUUUAAUUUACUCCAAUUAAAUUGUGUACAUGGUAUCCAAAAUUACUACACAUGAAAAUAUUUUAGAAAAUAAAUUAUGAAUAAUUAUUAUUUAUAUAAAUUUAGUUGUAUAUGAUUGUUAUAAUUUUAGUAUACAUAAUUAUAAAAUAAUUUAAAUUAAUUGAUAAUAAUUACAAUAAGGUAGUAAAAAUUUUAGUUUUCAAUUGGUAGGUGCAUAAUAUUGUGAAAAAUAAUUUUAAGUCCACAUAUCCGAAUAUUUUAUGAACAAUUUUACUUGAUAUUAAUAUUUGUAUUUGUAUUAUAGUUUUCGUUUAUGGAGCAACAGGUGCUGGAAAAACAUUUACAAUGUUAGGUAAUGAAUAUAAUUAUGGUAUUACAUAUUUAACAAUGAAAGACUUAUAUGAAAAAGUAAAUGAGCAACAAGAUUCUAAAAUAUUUGAAAUUUAUGUUUCUUAUCUUGAAGUAAUAUAUUAUUUAGUUACUUUGAUUAUAAAUAAUAAAUAAUUUUUAAAUUUUACUUGUAGGUGUAUAAUGAAAUGGUAUUUGAUUUAUUAAUAAGUGAUAAAAAACCAUUAUUUUUACGUGAAUGUGGAAAUACAACAUCUGUAGCUGGUAUUACAAUAAAAAUGGUUAAUAAUGUCGAAGAACUUAUUGAAAUGUUACGUAAAGGUAAUGAUAAUCGUACUCAGCAUCCUACAGAUGCAAAUGCAGAAUCAUCUAGAUCACAUGCUUUGUUUCAAGUAUAUAUAAAGAUGACAUAUAAACAUACAAAUCAAGUAAAAAUGGCUAAACUUUCAAUGGUUGAUCUUGCUGGUUCAGAAAGAGCAUCUUCCAAUAAAGGAAUGAGGUUCAAAGAAGGAUCGAACAUUAACAAGUCACUUCUUGCUCUCGGUAUGUUUCCAUUAUUUAUAUUAAUAUUUAACAUCAAAUUAAAUAAUUAUAUAUCUUUAAGGUGUAGGUGUGUGUACGAGUAGUAGGGUCACUGUUAUUCCGGUAUAUUUAAAAGUUUUGUUAUUGUUUUUUUUUUUUUUAGUUAUUACUUUAUCAGUCUCAGCAUAGAUAACUUACAGCUAUUUAUUAUAAUGUUUUUAUUGAUAAUUCACUUAACUUAAUUUUUUGGAUUUUCUAUAAAAAAGCAAACUAACCCCGUGACGAUUCAAUGUUUUAUGAUUUAUUUUUUUUCUGUCAAAACAACCUUUCAAAAAGAAAUCUUGCUUCGAUUUUUAAAGUGUAGUACCUUUUCUGAAAAGUAAUUUUGUCUAGUUGGUGCAUUAAAGUUAUUAUUUUGAUUUUCCAAUGGGUUUUCAAAAUAAUUGGGAAACACUCGAAAAGAAAUUAUAGGUAAAACAGCAAAUAUUUACGGUACCUCAUUGCAUUACUGAUUUCAUUGUUUUAAUUUUUACAAUUUAUGUUUUUCAAGAGAAAUAUUGCUCCAAUUGAAUAAUAACAGGAGACCUUUUUUAUUGCAUUUUUAAUAUAGUUGAUGAUCCUAAAAAAUUGUAAUUUUCAUUGUAGUUUUUUUUAAUAAUUGAACAAAAUCUAAAAAUGCAUAGAAAUGUACAUUUAUGAAAAUUCUUUUAUUCUUUUAAAUUUUGUUUUUGUAAUUAAUUGAGUUUAUUUGUAGAGACUUGGAAUUUUGACAGAGAACUUAUAUUUGUUUUUUUUAGACAUAAUAUUUUCAAACAAUUUUAGUCAUUUUUGAACUAUUUAUAAAAAAAUUAAUUUUGCAAGUUUUUUUUAAUUUCAUUUUUAUUUAGUAGGUAAUCUGUAGAUAAAAUUGUUCAACUUAAUAAAAAUGGUUGAAUAUAUGACAAGAAAUUCAUUUUAAGUCUUACUUAAAAAUUAUAAGAAAAAAAAAAAUGAGUGUUAUAUAAUAUUUUUAAUUUUUUAUAAGAGUUUUAUAAAAUCCAAUUUUGACAAGAACCUUAAAUAUUAUGACCUUUUAAAACAUGUUUAACCGAACUUUGCUCUAAAUAGUUUUUUUUAUUAGCAAUCGAUUAUUUAAUUAGCUGGUUUCAAGUAUAAUAAAUAACUUUAUGUAUCUUACCUUUUCAACUACCCACCUACAAAAUUGGCCGCACCUGUAUCCAGGUUUAGGUUAAAUUAGGUAUAAUUUAAUUUAAUAUUAAAUAAAUCUUAAAAGAGUCCAUAUUAAAUAUUUCGGUAGCAGAGAGAGCCUGAAAAAAUAAAUAAACUGUAAGAAGAUAACAUGUGUUAAUAUCUUGGUAUAUGUACAUUUUUAUUUUUAGGUACAUAAAACUUUCAAUAAAAAAAAACACCUAAUUAGUAAUUGGACACAAGAACAUAUGCUUUGUUUAAUUUAAUAUUUCUAUCAAAAACUAAUAAUUUUUUGUUUUUACUUACAAGGUAUUAUCAUUGAUUAUAAAUACUAUAGAUUGCAAGUACUAAAUUUAUUAAAUAUGAAAAUUUGAAAAAAAAAAAACUACCCAAUAGAAUAAUAACAAAAAUAAUUUAUAGAUAUUUAUAAAUCUAUUUUUAUUUGUUUUUAAUAGAAUUAUGUAAUUCUUCAGUAAAUAUUAAAACAGUACCUACACAGCCAUUAUUAAACUACCCAGUUGUUUAAUAUUGUUCAAGCAUCCUUUUGUUCCUAAUGGACUGAAUGUUGAAAAACAAUAUUAAUAAAAACAAUUUGAUAGCAUUUGUAGUGAUCUCUCACUACCAAGUGAUUAAUUUUUUUAACGUAUCCACGUAUCUGCAGCAGGACCGGUGGUGUAGCUCGUAGAUAAAAUUGGCGGUGUAUAUUUAAUCACAUGGAAAAUAUUAUAAACAAGUCUGUAGUUUCAAAGAUAAGGACAACUUCACCUAAUGGACAAAUUUAGUAAACAUAAAGCAAUUAUUAAGAAAACAGCACCGAAAAUCAAACAAUUUCCUGUUUGAAGUACUAACUAGGCAACCAGACCUUUUAGAAAGUGAUUUUAUGUAAAGAUUGAAACAAGUUUACUGAGAGAAAACGUGUACACAGACCAAAAAAAUAAAUAAAAAAUAAAAAAAUAAACAUCAUUGUAAAACCAAUACAUUCCUCGUACGCUCAUAAUCUAAAAGUGUCUUAUUUAAACAUCGGUUAUGCAGUGGGCUAUAGUCAAAUUUACUUAUUUGCUAUUAUCUUUAUUAUUAUUAUGGCUAAUUGACUAUACUUUUUAGAUUCUGAGCGUGGUGAGGAAUAUAUUGGUUUUACAAUGUUUAUUUUUUUUUUUGUAUACUGUUAAAAAUUAUAUUUUAUGUGUAAAUAGGUACCUAUGGAGGUAUCAUUUUGGAAAUGUAGUGUAAAUGAGAAUCUUAUAGAUUCUAUAAUGAUGACAAUCAAAUUUACUCAAAAUGCCAUUAAUAACUAUUAAUUUUAUAUAAACUCAAAAACCAUUUUGUAAAUCAUAAUGUGUGUGUUUAGUGCAAAAAGCAAUUUGAUUAAUAGAUUUUUUAAAUUUUUCAGGAAAUUGUAUUAAUAACUUGUCGGAUGGUUUAAGACAUAUACCUUAUAGAGACUCCAAAUUAACUAGGUUAUUGAAAGAUUCUCUUGGUGGAAAUUGUAAGACUUUGAUGAUUGCGUGUGUUUCUCCUGCUUUGUCAUCAUAUGAAGAUACUUAUAAUACUUUAAAAUAUGCUUCUCGAGCAAUGAAAAUUAAAUCUAAUGUAAGUAUUAUAGAAUAUUCUCUUUUAAAGUGUUCUCAUUAUUUUCAUUAAACAAUUGCAUUUAGUUGAAAGAAAAUGUUAUGUCAAUGAAUCUUCCUUCUGCACAUUACAAAAAAAUAAUAUCUGACCUAGAAAAUGAAAGACAGGUAUGGAAAACAAAAUAUGAAGAAGCAUUAAUGUCUUCAGUACCACAACCUCCAGAUAAUUUAGAAGACUUAAGAUCAACAUUAGAAUCUUUAUUUGCUGGAAAAACAAAAAAACAUAUUGAAAUUCUUCGCUUAGAAUCUACACAAAAAAAAACUGAAUUCAGAAUAUACUUGAAAAAAAUUUUACUUGAACGAUUUUCAAUAUUUAAUACUGAUAAUGUAGAUGAAAUGGUUUGUAUUUGUAUAAUUUAAUAAUACAAUUUUUAAUAAGUAAUUGAUUUGUAUUUAUGUAUGUAGGCGAGUGAAGUAAAUAGAAUUAACAUGGCUAUUCAGCAAUUUGAAGGACGUAUGGCUAGUAUAAAUGCUCAACUAAAUGUAUUAUGGGAUGAAGCAGUUGCAGCUAACAAUGAAAUAAAUGUAUUCUUAAAAAAAUUAGAAGCAGAUAAUGUUAUAAAAUUUUUAGAUGUUGACAUUAUUCGUUUAAAAUCACAGGUAUAUAUAUGUUUAACAACUCUUUUAAUACAGUUAUCUUUAAAAUUAUAUUUAAAUAUAAUUUUAGGUCAUAAACGAAGAAUUAAGUACCCUUCUAGAGCAUAGAAAUGAAAUUGGUGUGAUAUUAGACAGUAACCUGCAUAUAAGUCUUGAACUGACUACUAUGAUUUCUACCCAAGCUUCUCAUUAUUAUACAUUGUUAGAAGCACUCGAUAAAAAUACUGAAGAAAUGAGUAAAAGUCAUAAUGUAAUAAAUUCUGAAAUAUUAUUUUAUUAUGGAAAAAAAACUUAAUGAUUUUUUUAAUUAUAUGUAUAUACAUAUAAUUAAAUAAUUUAAUUCCUUCUAAAAAUAUAUAUUUUUUUUUUACAGAAUAUAAUAAAAUCAUUCUUGGGUGGUUUGAAGGAAGUAAGCUGGGAUUUUUCACCAAGAAAUCAUUGUAAAAUUAGAAGGGAUGCCUUUUUAAAUGUCAAUGAGCUAAGCAUUGAACAUUUGAGAGAGAGUGCAAAACCAGAAUUAAAACGAAUUAAAUUAGACCAUUAUAUGGUAAGCAAGUAAAUUAUUUAUUUAAGUUUACUAUAUAUAUAUAUAUAUAUAUAUAUAGAGUAUUAAAGUCAAAUGAUUAAUUAAAUAGUAUAGUCACAUUAUUAAUUACAAACAAAAAUUGAUGUAGUUUUGGUAAGAGUGAUUAAUUGUUAUAAGCUAUGGACAUUAUUCUAGCAAAAAUGUAUUCUAUACAUUGGUAAUUAAAAAAAACCCUGUAUUACCUAGAACACGAAUGUUCAAAUUAUAUUGUAGUUAAAUGUUUAAUAAUUUUCAUUGUUAUUUCUUUAGAGUCCAUUACAAAUUGUUGAGAGCAAACUACAACAAAUAACACUACAGCCUGAAGUUAAAAAAAAAAACAAUUUCAUACAAAUUAAUAAAACUGACACAUCACCAGAGUCAAGUGUUGAUGAAACUGUGGUUAUUUCAACUCAAGCAGCAAGUUUAAAUAACACUUUUGUAUUGAAACAGAAUUUAGAUUCUGUAUCUGCUAAAAAUAUUGCAUCAACUACACCACAUCGACAAAAACCAAUAAUUGAUACGCGUUGUUUAACUAAAUCAAUUACCAGGCCAGGCAUACAAAAAAAAAAAUUGUUAAUCAAUAAUCUGAAAACUGGACUUGCAUGUCGAAAAUUAAAUCAAGAAAAUACACCACUCAUUAUGGCUGCAACAAAGACACUGGCUGAUCCAAUUCUAGCCAAAGCUGUUACUAAACCGCGAAUUAACACUACUAACAAUAAUAUAUUAACUACUAAAUCUGGUAAGUUGAAUCUGUUAUAAAUUAUUUGAGAUAUAUUAAUGGUAGGUAUUUUAUGGUUUUUAUUGUAUAUUAUGUGUGCAUAUUUUGAAUUAUUAAUCCAGUUAAAUGUUUUUUUUUUGAAAAUCACCAUUACUAACCAUUAAUAUAAAUUUAACAUUUAUAUUGGGCAUAUUUACAAUCACUGAUAAUAUUAUAAAUAAGGCCCGGAUUUAAAUGUCUUAAAAAUCAUUGGAAAUUUUUUUUAAAAAAGCUGCAUUUUAUUGUAAAAAAACCCUUCAAAAAUAAUGUUCAUAUUUUGAAUAAAAAAAAAACAACAGAAAAUUGAAAAAAUUUACUUGUGGCUAGCGCUAGUUUUGACUGAGGGGCUGUAUUUGACUGAUUGACUAGAAAACCUGGAAACAUGGGUAAUAUUUUGAAUAAGCUAAAUUAAAAUAAUUAAGUCUUAAGGUGGCGAUUCCACCUUAAGAAGUUUUUCACACACUUAUCACUGUUAUAUUGUCCAUGGUUAUAGAAAUCAAUUAAAAAUUUAACCAUGUAUUCUUUACAAUUGACCUAACACUUGGUAAAAAUUGUAUAGCCUUAUCAGAAAUACACGAGAUAUAAUUUUUAAUUUUUUUUAAUUUUUUCACCUUUUCACAUUUUCACCUUCUAUGGCCAUGUUUACUCCACCUAUGGCCAUUCCAUAUUUUAUUUUUAAUUCAUUGAAUGUACAAAAAUAUCUGUAAUUAUUCAGACUAUUAAAAAAUCUUUGAAUAAAAUUGAAGUUAGUAAUUAAGAGAACAACGUCUUUAAUAUAACAAUUAAAUAAUUCAAUUUAAAAUAUAUAUAUAUAAGAUUCUUCAUUAUUAACAAGUAAAAUUUUAACAUAUAUAAAGUUUAACAUAGCUAGGUAAUAAAAAAAUAAUAAUUAUAACAAAUUUAGUAGGAAUAAGUACAUAAUAUUUCAUAAAGUCUUUAAAUAUUUUCAGUCCUAAAAGCAGUAUUUAUUUUCUUUUAGUAUUUUUCUAAUGUAUCAACAAUUCCAGGAAAUACUGACCUAUAUUGUGUACCACUUUUCUAAAUUUCAAGAUAAGGUAAUUCUCCUAUAAUAUCCUUUAAUUCUGUCACACAUAUAUCGUUUUCUAAUUGAACAUUUGCAGUAUUAUAUUACUAAUAAUUAGAGAUGUUCAUUUUUAAAUGUACCUAUAUGGCCAUAAAAGGAUUUUCAGAACAAAAUAGUUUCCUCAAUGGCCACAUUAAAAAUUUAGAUUGCAAAAUCUUUAUUUGUAAAUGUGUGUGUGUGUGUGUAUAUUAAUUAAAACUAAAGCCAACAACUAUAUUACUUACUUAUUAUUAGAGCCAAGUAAAUAAUAAAAUAUUAAGAAAAAAAAAAAAGAAAUUUACAUUGUAUAAUGCUUAACAGUUUUGUUAAGAAUAAUAUUAAAAUGUGAUAACAAGAAAAUUUAAAACAUAAAAUCUUUAAUUUUUGUUGAACUAAUAGCAUAUUGAUAUACUAUGUAGCCAACUUUGUUUUGUAUAAUAAUACUAGCUUUACAUAUGUUAGCAUAACACUAUUACCAAUGAAAAAAAAAAUUGACCAUAGCUACUGGGGUACUGACCACUCCACCAUAUCAUAAAUUAAAUAUUAUAUUAUACUUGUGUAUUGUAUUAAUAUGUAAUAAAAUGAAAAAAAAAAAUUCUAAAAAUGAAAAAUAUAGAAAAAUGUAGAAAAGAGGCAAAAUAAAAGUUUCACCUUUAAGCCUAGAAUCGAAUUGUGUACUUAGAAAGCAUUGUCUAAUAUCAAUCAGAAAAAAGAUGCAUUUUGCAUUGAAAUCCGGGCUUUAUAAUUAUAAAGUACAAAAUAUAAUCAAUGGUAAUAUGAAUGUAUACAUAUAUGUUGGUUUUUACUUAAUAAUAAAUAACAAUAUGAGUAAUAUUAUAUUAUUUAUGAUAAAUGUUUGUAACAAUUAGUAUUUUAAGAACAUCAUAAAUAUACAAUUUUAUUUUUUGGUAAUUUUAAACAACAUAAUACAUAUUAUGUGUUUCUAUUUUGCAGUCAACACCAGGAUAAAUCUACAAGACACAAAUAAGACAGUUAAAGUUAAAAAUCAAAAACCUACAUUGACUUUGAGGUACCUACUUAGCUAGUGUUUAUUUUUUAUUGAUUCAACAAUUGUAUUUCUUCUUUUUUAAAAACUAUCUUUUCUAUAAUCUAUCACUGAACCAAAGUGCUUAACAUUUUCAACUCAUUUUAUAUUUUGACUGUACCAUUUACUCCUUUUUAUUAAUUUAAAUAUAUACUUUUGCUUUUACUUUAUUUAAUAAUAAAGUUUUGAAAAUACAUUCAUAUUUUUAUUCUAAUAUUUAAAAUAAUAAUAUAAAAUACUGUUGUAAAAUAAGGUUUUAUUAUCGAUUGACACUUGUUGCUUAUAUAUUUAGAAAGUAUGUUUAUUUAUUGUUAUUAUUUUUAUUAUAUUUAUUCUGUUAACAUAAUUUUUGUGUACUACCCAGAGCUGCUGUUUAACAGGGAUGUAAUGUUCAUUUUCAUGCUAUGUUCAAAUUAUAUGUUGCUUGAGGGGGGGGGAUGUAAUAUAUUUGUACUGACAUAGUAAAUCAGCAACUUAUGAUAAUUAUAGGCCUGCAAAAUGUAUUUUGGCCAUGGGCAGUAGUUUAAAUUAAUACAAAUAGUGUAUGAGAGAAAUCAUUUUCAAUGAAAACAUAAAAUAGUCAACCGUUUGGUAUAUCUUGAUUAUAUUAAAAGCUGAAAUACCUUUUUGUGAAAUCUUUUGAUUGGAAAUGUAGUGUUUCAAGUAUCUGUGAAUUAAUAAUUAUUAGUUUUUAUAGGUAUUAACACUUAUGUAAUAACUGUUUCUGAAAAUAAUCAACUUGUAUACUAAUGUUUAUUACAUUAACACUGCAAUGUCCUAGAUCAUUUUUACUGUCUCAACUAAAUCCUUCCAUUUGUCCUGAUUUUAAACUAAAAAUGUAUUUAAUUUUAAUUUCAGGCAACGAAAUUGGUUAUAACAAGUUAAAGAAUUAUUAAACAUUAAAAGGCAUUAUCAUACAUUAAUUGUACUAGUAAUAUGUGAAAUUAUUUGAUCUUGAAAUGUAUUUUAAAUAAAUCCAUGUAAACGUUUUUAUUUUGAUAUGAUUUUUUUUUAUUGAUUGUAAGUAAUAAGUUUUGUAUUGUAUUGUACUAUAUUUUACAUAUUAAUAUUAAUUUUAUAUUUUUAUUAUUAAUAAUUUUUAUUUGCCUAAAUAUAAAUUAUAAUUGCAACUCAUAUCUGAAA